AUGGCGCUCCGCCGGUGGAAGCCUUUCUUCCCGGCGUUCGGCGCCAUCGACACCGCCAUCGAGGCCGCCACCGAGGGCUGUUCCCGGGACAAGUACCGCCAAGUGAGGAGCGACCUCGUGGAGAUGCUCUGCGACUGCGAUGCCGCGGGCAGCGACGACGACGUUCGAGCGGAGGGGCUCUGCCGGCUGCUCGACAGGGCCAUGGCCGAGGCGCUUCUGACGCUGCGGGCGGUCCCGGUCCCGGUGACGCCGACCAUGCUGGCGGCCACCGACGUCGCCAAGGCCGUCAGUGGCUUGCUGAGGCACGAGGCCGGAUGGGUGCGCGCCCUCGCGCGCGGCAUCUUGGCCCAGUGGAGUUCGUCGAUCGAAGCCGAAGCCGAAGGCGCCGCCUUGGACACGCUGUUGCAGAUAUUGUGUGAGCACGAGGUGGCCGCUCCAGUCACCGGAGGAUGCGUCAGCAGCGGCGGCCCUGAGAUGAUAGUUCUUCAAGCAGAUAGUAUCAAGCAAGCCGCCAAGAUCUCAGACCUGGAGUGCCCCAAGAAGAUGCCUCCUGGCGUUUCCAUUGCAGGCAGCGAUCGCGUCAGGAACGAGCAGACAGGGGAUGCGAAGCGCAAGCACCCAGGGCCAGGAGCAGGAGGCUGCUACCGAGAAGCUGAUGACGUGAAGCGGCAACGCAAGGUCCCUGAGAUGGUCGAGCACAGGCCGAGGGAGAUGGAGCCGGCCAUGAAGAGUAGAAGCCGAGUUAGCAGCUGGAGAUCGACGGACGAGAGGCACUUCUCGACGUCGACGCGUCAUAGGAGGGUUUAG